UUGGGCGAGUGAGUUAGAGUUCCUCUCUCUCUGUCAGUCGCUUCGAGCUUAGCUAGGGCACACAUUCCCUGAAAAGAACGAAACCCUAAUUCCCCAAUUAAAAAAAAAAAUGCCUUUCAUAUCAAAAAUUGAACGACAAUCCGAUUACCACCUCUUCCCUUCCACCACUCCAAUCGUCAUCGACAAUGGCGCUUCCUAUUUCCGCAUCGGAUGGGCUGGAGAGACUGAGCCUCGUGUUAUUUUCCGUAACAUUGUUCAGAGGCCACGCCAUAAAGCUACUGGUGAAACUGUUACUAUAGUUGGUGACCAUGAUCCUGCACUUUUGAGAUACUUUGAUUGCACUCGAUCUGGGCCUCGUUCGGCUUUUGAUAGCAAUGUUGUUUAUCAAUUUGAAAUUAUGGAAUAUAUUCUUGACUUCGCCUUUGAUCGAUUGGGUGCAAAUGGAUCACAGAUUGAUCACCCUGUCCUGAUCACAGAAUGUGUAUGCAACCCUGUUCAGUCACGAAGUAAAAUGGCAGAACUUCUUUUUGAGACUUAUGGAGUUCCAUCUGUAGCAUUCGGUGUUGAUGCUGCAUUCAGCUAUAAAUAUAAUCAACAACUUGGGGUUUGUGGUAAAGAUGGUCUUGCUUUAUGCCCUGGAUUUACCACAACUCAUGUGAUUCCGUUUAUUGAUGGGGAACCUGUUUAUAAAGGAAGCUGCCGAACUAAUAUUGGUGGAUACCAUAUCACUGAUUAUUUGAAGCAACUACUUUCACUUAAAUACCCUCAUCACAUGGCUAGGUUUACAUGGGAGAAGGUCGAAGACCUGAAGAUGGAGCAUUGUUAUAUCGCACAAGAUUAUUUUUCAGAAGUUCGGCUAUUUCAGAAAGGGGACAAGGAAGCAGAAGAUAAAACCAGGUGUUGGCAGCUUCCAUGGAUUCCACCACCAACUGAGGAGCCUCCUUCAGAAGAAGAGAUUGCAAGAAAGGCAGCCAUAAAGGAGAGACAGGGUCAACGGUUGAGAGAAAUGGCUGAGGCAAAGCGGUCAUCUAGGAUAAAUGAACUGGAAAAUGAAUUGCAUGGUUUGGAAUUUCUGUUACAGCAGCUGGAACAUGUGGAAGAGCAUAAUAUUCCUUCUUUCCUAUCAGAGACUGGAUAUGUCUCAAAGCAGGAGAUAGAAUCUGCUGUUCAGAAAGUCACACAAUCUUUACGGAAAGCAAAAGGUGAACCAAAGGGUGACCAAGUUGAAGCUGAGGAGAAGACAGAUCCUGCUACAAAUGAAAGGUUUCCUCUUAUAAAUAUUCCUGACAACAUGCUGACACCAGAGCAGCUUAAGGAAAAAAGGAGGCAGUUGUUUCUUAAAACGACGUCUGAAGGCCGACAGCGAGCUAAACAGAAACGCUUUGAAUCAGAAUUAGAACGAGAAAGGAAAAAUCAACAAGAUGAAGAAAAACGCUUAGAGAACCCAGAGCUUUAUUUAGAGCAGUUGCGUGCUAAAUACAAAGAUCUUUCUGAGAAAGUUGAGCAGCGAAAACGACUUAAGACAAAUGGUAACCAUACAAAUGGAAAUAAUUUCUCUGGAGGUGUUGGUCGUGGUGAGAGAUUGAAUGCAGCCCAGAGGGAAAGGAUGCGCCUCUUAACUACAGCAGCCUUUGAUCGAGGGAAGGGUGAGGAUACAUUUGGUGCCAGGGAUGAAGAUUGGCAACUUUACAAACUGAUGAGCAAAGAUAAUGAUGAUGAUGAUGAGGGACCAGAUCAGGAUGAAGCAGAAAUGGCUCGCCUCUCUUUGAGGCUCCAGGAACUAGACCCAACAUUUGUUCCCAAGUCAGAAAUAGUAACCUCUCAACCUGUUGAAGUACCUCGAUUACGUCCUCUCACCAAGGAAGAUUUCCAGAUCCUUCUUGGGGUUGAAAGGUUCCGAUGCCCUGAAAUUUUAUUUCGUCCCAACUGGAUAGCUGUGGAUCAGGCAGGGCUAGAUGAGAUGACUGGUGUCUCAAUAAGGAGGUUGUCACCUGUGGGCCAAGAGGUGGAGGAGAGACUGACCAAUUCAAUAUUCAUCACUGGUGGGAGUUGUCUUUUCCCUGGUAUGAGCAAACGCUUGGUAGCUGGAAUCCGGAUGAUUCGGCCAUGUGGGUCACUUAUAAGGGUGGUCAAAGCAUCGGAUCCAGUACUUGAUGCAUGGCGUGGGGCUGCUGCUUAUGCAACUGCUCCACAGUUUCUGACACAAACUUUCAGUAGAACAGAUUAUUAUGAGAAGGGUGAAGAUUGGCUUCGCAGAUAUCAAUUGCGGUAUACAUUAUAAUUUAUUUGGCCACAGUCCAUUAAUAUAUAUUGUCUUUCACAUUAAAUGAUACUAAAUCAAUUAAAUUCUAGACCAAGCUUCUGACCUUUUAGUGAGGUUCUGCCUCAAGUCUAUUGCCACUGUUAGGCAUUGAUUCAUACAGGGAUCUUGUUCUUAUUUAAUUCCCAAUCCAUUGUCUGA